UAAGUAAUUUAUGACUAGAUUUUUUUGGCCUAAGCAAGAGCAUACAUAAGAGAAACACUUAUUCACCGCCAAUAGAAGUUCUGAGGAAAGAUGGAAGAUAGGACGAACAUCCAGGCAGACCAGCGUCAAGACCAUCUUGAAACUUUGAGAUCAAAAAUGGACAUGAAAGCGGAAAAAAUGGUUCUUGAAAGAAGAAUGCAGAUAGAACGCAUGGAACGUGGACUGGAGCAGCAACUAGAGAAUGAAAGGAAGAUUACUGCUAAUGCCUUAGAGAGACAUGAAAGAGAAGGAAUACUUGCACGUGAGCUUAGCUUAUUAAAACGAGAACAUUUGAGGCAGAUGAAAAUGAGGGAACGUAUAACAGCGGCUAGUGAGGAGUUAAAGGCUUUAGAUAAGAAACGUCGAGAAUCUUUUGUAAAUAAGCAUCUUAUUACACAAUUAGCUGAAAAGGAGGCUGUGAGAGCACAAGAAAAGCUAGAGAAACUUAAGAUCCAAGAGAUAAUUGAAUCGGAGAAAAGGUGUAUGGAGGAAAAGGCGGAAAUGAAUGUAAGUUUCAUCCACGCGGAUAAACUAAAGUAUAGAGAAGAACUUCUUAAGCAGAUAAAGGACGGGAAUCAAAACCAACGAGAUAUGCAAAGAGAUAAAAUACUAGAAAAUGCAUUACUAGAACAGACAUUGAGGAAGAUUCGUGAAGAAGACGAAAUUGAAGAAGCUGCACGUUUAGAAAGAGUUUCUAAUGUAAAAAGGGAAAUUGAAGGAUUCCAAAGACAAAGAGAAAUGCAGAAACAAAGUGAGAAACUUUCCCGAGAGGCCGAGGUAGCUAAAAGUAAAGCAUAUACAGAAGAAAAAGAAAAACAAAAGGAACAGAUUGUACAAAAUUCUAAAGACAGAGAGCUGGAGAAAAGUAAGUUUAUCGACCAUAUAUCAGAGUUGAACGCAUCCAAACUUUAUCAAAGGAAGGAGAGGGAGGAUAUUCUAGAAUUCCUGGUGGAGGAAGAAGCAAGACAGCGAGACAUUCAAAAAGACAAAGAGAGAGCAUCAAGGGCAGAAAAAGUUAGGAUUGACCUUCAAAACUUUUACAAGAAACACAUUGAAGAAAAGGAACUCGCUAGUAAAUCAAACUUCAAGGAACAAGAACAAUACAGAAAUCAGCUACUAGCAAACCUAGCUUUGCAGGAACAACUUGAAAUGUCAUCAGCAGGUAAGAAAGACUUGAAGAAGAAAGAACUCCGUGAAUCCCUUUUAAAUCAGAUGAAAGAUAAACAUCGGCGACAAAUCAGGGAAUGGCAACGUCAGUCUGCUCUACUUGACGAACAACUAGAAGAGGAAGACAGAUUGAGACGUAUGUGUAAUUACAAGGAUCCUCAAAUACUAGAUGAUUUAGACUACUUCUUCGUACGGACCCGGAAAAACGUACCAUCUCCCCUGAACACCUUCAUCCUCUGGUUUUUCCUUCGCCGCCCUGUGUCUUCCAACGGUAAAUUGGACAGGAUGUCGCGCACCUCCUGUGGCACUGGCCGGCUAGUGGACGCGGUGGCAAUCGGGAUGGAAGAUAGGAUGAACAUCCAGGCAGAACAGCGUCAAGACCAUCUUGAAACUUUGAGAUCAAAUAUGGACAUGAAAGCGGAAAAAAUGGUUCUUGAAAGAGGAACGCAGACGGACCGCACGGACCGGGGACUGGAGGAGCAACUGGAGGAUGAAAGAAAGGUUACUGGUAAUGCCUUAGAGAGACAUGAAAAAGAAGGAAGACUUGCACGUGAACUUAGCCAAUUGAAACGAGCUCAUAAGAGGAAGCUACGUUUAUUAGCGCUUAGUAAGAAGAUGGAGGCUUUAUUUAAGCUUUCUACUACAAAAUUAGCUGAAAAGGAGGAUGUGGCAGAACAAGAAAAGCUAGAGAAAUUUAAGAUCCAAGAGAUAAUAGAAUCGGAGAAAAGGUGUAUGGAGGAAAAGGCGGAUAUGAAUGUAAGUUUCAUCCACGCAGAGAAACUAAAGUACAGAGAAGAACUUCUUAAGCAGAUAAAGGAGGGGAAUCAAAACCAACGAGAUACGCAAAGAGAUAAAAUACUAGGAAAUGCAUUACUAGAACAGACAUUGAGGAAGAUUCGUGAAGAAGACGAAAUUGAAGAAGCUGCACGUUUAGAAAGAGUUUCUAAUGUAAAAAGGGAAACCGAAGGAUUCCAAAGACAAAGAGAAAUUCAGAAACAAAGUGAGAAACUUUCCACAGAAGCCGCAGAAGCUAAAAUCAAAGCAUAUGCAGACGAAAAAGGAAAACAAAAGGUGACUGUAAAAAAUUCUAAAGACAAAGAGCGGGAGGAAAGUAAGUUCGCAGAGUUCACAUCCAAACUUAUUCAUGGAGAGGAGUGGGAGGACCCCCUAUAUAUUCUAGCAGUACAGAUGGUGGACGAAAAAAGCUGGCAAGACAUUCAAAAAUACAAAGACAGAGCAUUAAUGGAAGAAAAAAUAAGGAUUUACUAUUAUUACAGUUGCAGGAAAGACAUUGAAUUAAAGGUACUCGCUAGUAAAUUAAACUUCAAGGAACAAGAAGAAUACAGAAAUCAGCUACUAGCAAACCUAGCUUUGCAGGAACAACUUGAAAUUUCAGCAGCAGGUAUGAAAGACUUGAAGAAGAAAGAACUCCAUGCAAGCCUUCUAAAUCAGAUGAAAGAUAUACAUCGGCGACAAACCUCUGCUCUACUUGACGAACAACGAGAAGAGGAAGACAGAUUGAGACGUAUGUUUAAUUACUUUGAUCCUCAAACACUAUAUGAUUUUGAACUGUUUGAGAAAGUGGUCAUAGCUGCCCUAUCCUCGCCUAAGGGUUGAGGACAUUCCACCUGAUGUUCAGAGGCUGGCGUUGUUGGUUAAUACAUUUUGUGAACGUUAAAAUAUUAUGUGUCUUCUGAUAUUGUAGAAAAACAGUAAAGUACAACGCAGUGUGAUUAAUUAUCAGCCUUGAUGGAGAUUCUGCAAAUUAUUUAGAGACUCCG